AUGGCCACACCAGACUUCCAAAAAUUUGAGCCAUCGCCUUCCUUGUCUCUAGUGGAAGGCUUUACGCACUUGCCCAACUUCUUAGAGCCGGAGGAGGUCCAAGCGUUGAAGGAUGCUGCGGCUGCAGGCCCAAAGGAUGAGACGCUCUCCACUGGCCGUCCACUUGCUGCGACUCCGGGGGUUCACUGGCAUGGCUUUCCACGCACACAUAGCUGGCAAAAUGGCGCUCAGAUUGCCAGCAUUCCCGAAACUUGUUUGCCCGCUUUGCAUCGCUUGCGUCACCUUGGAGUUUUACCUGCACGUUAUUCCUUUGACCAGGCGAUUGUGAAUUUCUAUCCAGAAGGGUGUGAGGGCAUUCGGAUGCACGUGGAUCGAGCCAACUUCGAUGAUAUCAUAGUUGGCUUCAGCUUGGGUGCAGCCGUUGUCAUGGACCUGGAGCCUCUAGAUACCCAAGAACACGAUGAAGCUGCGUCAGAUCCCACCCGGAGUCACGCAAAGCACGUGCUACUGGAGGAGGGAUCUGUCUACGUAUUCUCGGGCCAUGUUCGAUGGAAGUGGAAACACGGAAUCAAGCAAGGCCCCCACAGGUACGCAGAUGAAGAACUCCCCUUAGGUGAGCGUACCUCCAUCACGUUGCGUCGGUUGCGCAGACCUGAUCAAAAAGAAUCAGAUGACCUGUGGAUGACUCACCAGGAAAGCAAAAAGUGCGCACAGAAUCACCUCAGACAUUUGCAGCUUGUUGAUGCUUGUUGA